GGGAGCGGUCACGUCACGGUGGCAGCUUCUAAACGCUGCCGGCCACGGUGAGGGCCGCCGUGUGUACCUUGAGCAGCUGCGGGCUGGUGGAAACGCUCCUCAUAGCUGUGUAUCCUCACGUCUUGGUUCGCCUUUACCUGCCUUACCGCGCUCCUGGUGGCCGGGAGCAGCCUCCCGCCGCGACCCUGCCACUGAGGCCCGGGCCAGAGAGUAGGGGCUGCCGGCCCGGCGCGGACCCCGCCGCCCCGGCCUCGGCGGGACGAUGCUGGAGUCCAUUCGCGUGACUGAAAAGCUUCACUGGCCUGAGCAAGAACUUGCUAAGAAGUCUAUUCUAAAUGCAGAAGAUUCAUUGAUCAUUGACAGCAAAAGAAACAUUUCCCACUUACCCCCUGGAAUACUAAAGGACAUUUUCACAACUGGAACCAGUAGUUACAAUGUCCUACUACAGAGCAAGGAGGAGAAAAAGCAUCAUUCACAAAAGGAAUCUUCCUCCACCUAUUCCAAAAGAUGUAGAAAACCCAGCAAAUCUCCUAGCUCUUCUCAUAGCAAAGAUCCUUGCAGGACGAAAACCCCAGUGCCUGUGACAAGCAGUGGUACUUGGUACUGCCUGGAGAGGCAGCCUGCUGUUUUUGUCACUAGUUCAGUGUCAAGUCCUGUAAAGUUUACACAUAAUAUCUCUGUUACAGGGAACAGCAUAGUACUGCCGCCUAAACCCAAAAGCAAGGUCAAGCGGCGUCAUUUCUCCACAUUUCCAAAGCCAAAGCCACAGCUGCAACCCCAGCCUCAGCCUCAGCUGUCUAGAAGCUUUGAAAAAGGAGAUGACUUUUCUGGAAAAAAAUUUUGUAUAUUGACUGCUAUAAAGCCUACCAACUUAGAGAAAGAAAAACUGAGAUUCUUCAAAUCUGACUAUACCUACAAUCCUCAAUUUGAGUAUGCUAAUCCUGCUCUGCCAAGUGUGUUAGCCAAGCACAGCAACGCAUCUGACCGAUUUCUUAAGCAGUCCAUCAAUAUUAUGGAACUGACUUUACAGAAAUACGGAAGUUAUGAAAAAUUUGAACAAGCCACUGGUGGUAGCUUACUAUCUAAACCUCGAAUCUGGAGUCAUGUCAGGAAGUACAUGAUGAAGGAAGGCUGCCUGGGGGAGAUUGUAGUUCACCUCACGGAGGACCUGCUUUCCCGGGCUUCAAUGACAGUAGUGAAUGGAUGUCCAACUCUGACCAUCAAUGUCUCCACUGCACGUGAGCAUUGGCUGGAGGGAAUGCUGAGGCAUGAGAUAGGUACACAUUAUUUUCGAGGUAUUAACAACCUCCAGCAGCCGUGGAACAGUUGGAAUGGCCGUAAAAAACAUGAGCUAAAGCCAAAUAAUCCCACAGAGGAAGGCCUGGCAAGUAUUCACAGUGUCCUGUUUAGAAAAGACCCCUUUUUAUGGAGGGCUGCCCUCCUAUACUACACUGUUUAUCGAGCCAGCCAGAUGUCUUUUUGUGAGCUCUUCAAAGAUAUUGGCAAGUUUGUCAAGGACCCCAAUACAAGAUGGGAUUAUUGUGUACGAGCCAAAAGGGGAUGGACUGAUACUUCCCGACCAGGGUGUUUUAGUAAAGACCAAGUAUACUUGGAUGGAAUUCUUCAAAUCCUCCGAUACAGAGAUACCAUAGACUUUCAUCUACUUACCGCUCUGGGAAAGGUUUCUUAUGAAGAUGUGGAUCGCUUAAAAGGAUUGGCAGUUAUUGAAAACAUGAGGGUCCCUCACUUCCUGCAGGACUAUAGCCGAUAUAUGGAACACUUACAGAAGAUCAUGGAAGUGAAUGAACUGACAGACAGGGAACUGAAAGACCUUAUAUAAUAAUUAGCAUUCUUGCAAACAUAGCUAAACUAUACCUCCAUGUAUAUUACCAAUUGGGUGCAGUUAGCACCAGCAUAUUUAUAAAAGAAGAAUGGCUGUUUGAGUUUUCUGAAGAAUGGUCAUCAGUAUUCAGCUGAAUUUUUAAGUUAAGUACAAACCUUAAACUGUUUUCCUAAAAUGUUUCUAUAGGCUGCAGGAGGAAGUUACUCCUAUUUUCAUCUGAAUUUCAACAAAGCCAGAUGAAAAUGUUACUGCUAAGUGUUUUUGAAGACUCUUGGUCAAAUUGAGUGAUAACCUUCUGGCUGAAGUUUAGCACUGGCCUAGUGCUUCUGCCUGAGCACCAGAGCCAGCCCUGACUGGAGAUGGCUGAAUUCCGGUGACAUUCAGACUCCAAAGUUAUAUUUUGUUUGAUAAACAAUGGCAAUUAUUCUCCUUUGAAAAAUUAGUUUUGUGAUGCUCCAAAAAGCUAAUUAUAUCAGGAUUUCCUAUUUCUCUUAUAUGUUAAGUAAUGUUAAAGGGAGGGCAAAAGCAAUUUGAAAAGUUUCCAUUAAGUUUUCUGUUUUAACAUUAUUGUCUUACGUUUUCAAAAUAUAAGAACUAAAUUAGAAAAUUACCUCUUUUUGUCCAGUUAUAUUUUCAUUUACUGAAACAUGCUGUACCCCUUCAAAUUUUUUAUAAAGUUCUAAGGUCUUUCCCUCUGCAUCCUUUAUAUAAAUGGUAAGUACAACUUCCAGAGCAAUUUGUCUACAGAAACCAAAAUAGUUGGAUACUACUCAACUUUUUAUUAAAUGGAAUAUGUAAAGAGCAGGAGACAAAUAGUCUGACCUAGUUAAAUGUAGGAGCGGGAUGUUGACUGGGUAGCACCUACAGUAAACUUGACCAUGCUCUGAAAAGUCAAAUUUCUGGACAUUGCCAUUGAGAAGCUGGUUUUGUGAUAUUGGUUCAGUGUAUUUUAUCAAAAUCUUUGACUUCAUCAACCCAAUACUGACACAGUUUGAAUUAAAAAAUGAGAGUUCUGUUUUGCUGGAUUUUUCUUGGUAUAAGGUUAUACACCUAGCUUUGUAAUUUAUCAGUUUCAGUGUACACUUGGAUAUGUUAAUGUAUACUUGGGGUCAAAUGGUUCUUCAUACAACUUAUAUUAAUGAUCAGAAAGAAUGCUGCUAUAAAUACCCCAUUCAAGAUUGCUCCUGAAAUCUCUACCCAAAGUUAUAUGAGAGUUUAUUUUUACCUCAGUUCAGGCUAAAAUAUGGUGCUAACACUGGUAGAUGUAUGCUGUGAAGCCUAGUCCAUGUUCAUGCUAGAAAAUGAUUUUAGGAAUUCUUUUGCAGGCUAGGUUAUGUGAUUUUUCUCUUUCACACAUCUAGAAGAGGUUGCCUCAAAGAAGAAUGUUGCAGCAAACAGGAUAUACUCUAGCUGGUGCCUGGGGGUUCUUGCAAAGCCAGGUGUCUCACCUUUGGCAGUAGAGGGCCAGGCCCUUUGGAGCAGUGAAAGCCCCCCACCACCACCCGCUGUGCUGGCCAGUAUGUGUCUUGCACAUCUGUAUGCCAGGCUGGGGGCAGAGUGUGCCAGCACUAACCAGACACUGGAAUCUACUCUGGACACCUCAAGCAUGUAUCUCCUUAUACCAGUCAUAUACUUUCAGCUUUGUGUAGUGUUUUCUUUUUCUUUAAGAGACAGGGUCUCACUAUGUUGCCCAGACUAGACUUGAACUUCUGGGCUCAAGUGAUCCUUCCACCUCAGGCUCCCCAAUAACUGGGAGUAAAGGCACGCACCACCAUGCCCAGCUUUUAUAGUAUUUUCUGACUUCAUCUUAAAAUUUAUCAAAGGUGAUUGUGAAAACAAUGUCUUAAAAGUAUAGACAGAAAUGGCAAUAUUUAUGUCCUGUGAUUUAAGCCCAAAGGUUGUAAAUUCAACAUUUGCAGGCAAUAACACUGCCAAUCUUAUGUUAUGGUUUAAAUAUAAAGGAAAAUCAUAGCAGCCUUAAUUUCCUUUUGGUGUAGGAUCAUUUGCAGUGGUUCUAGUCCCUAAAUUUUAAAAUGGAGAGAGAUUCUCUCUGUGUCUGAUUUGGAAAAGGCACUGCUUUCUUGCCUUACUGCUUUAGUAUAAAGACAAAAAACGUGAGCACUCUGCAGAUAAAAAUGACCUUAAAUCACACUGAUUGUCUUAAGAUACUUUAAAAGUUAGCAGUGAACCAAAAGUAGUUUCAUAUUAGCAAAAAUACUUAAAAAGCUCUAAGCUUUAAAAGUUGAGAUUGAAGAUUUAAUGAAUGUUUAUUAAUUCUUUUUCCUGAAAGAGCAUAAGGUCAGUUUUGUUCCCUAAAAUCAAAGUUUUAAUAAACAGAAAAUGAUAGCAACGGUACUUAGAAUAGUUGAAGAUCAUAUUAAUUUGAAUAGUUAUUUGCUAUAGGAUAUUGAUUUCAUCAGUUUUGUCCACUAUAAUUUUAACAUAAAGUUGUAUCAAAUGCAAAUUCUGAUAAACUGUUGGGUUUUAAUACCAGACAGGAUUCAAAGUCAAAUUAAUGUUUGCAAACAUAAAUCCAUAGUCUUCAUUUCUUUAUAUUUUCACUUUUGUAAAAGUGUUUAAAAUUUGUAUUGUUUGUUUUGUAUAUCUUUGGACAUUUUGUGUCUAGCUAUAAUAAAAAGAAAUAGCACUGAGGUUCU